GACGCGACACUACAUUAGGAUUUAGGUGACAGAAAGAGAGGUUGUGUUUUCGUCUUUUUUAAGCACUACAACACUUGAACCCCCAAGAUGGCUGAUCCUGGAAUGAUGAUGGAAUCCUCAGAGACUGCUGGACCACGUCUAAACCUUGAUGAACCUAUGUUUGAUCAGAAUCUCUACACGGGUCGAGCGAAACACUUCUUCAUGGUCACCAACCCUCUUAAUGUCCUACUCUCCAGUACGCAGUUAGACGAAGCCAAGAAACUAGUCCAGUUAUACAGGGAAGGCAAAGAGCCAGCGGGAACGUCAAACGAUGAGGUCUGGACAGCGAAAUAUCGCUACGAUUCUGCAUUCCAUCCCGACACGAAAGAGAAGAUGAUGCUGAUAGGUCGAAUGUCCGCCCAGGUCCCCAUGAACAUGUGCAUUACAGGCUGUAUGCUGACUUUCUACAGAACAACCCCUGCAGUAUUAUUUUGGCAAUGGUUUAAUCAGUCCUUCAAUGCAGUAGUCAACUACACAAACAGAAGUGGAGAUUCACCGAUCCCAGUCUCGCAACUGGGGAAAUCAUAUGUAUUAGCCACCACAGGAGCAGUAGGCACAGCCAUCGGUCUCAACAUGUUAGUAAAGUCGGCCCCAGCCAUCAUUGGUAGGAUGGUCCCAUUUGCUGCAGUGGCAGCGGCAAACUGCAUCAAUAUACCCAUGAUGAGAAGUGCAGAACUCUCUAACGGUAUUCCCGUCUUUGACGAGAACGGCAAUCGGGUGGGGAACUCGAAGAAAGCAGCAAAGAGUGCCAUCACGCAGGUCGUAAUAUCAAGAAUCUGCAUGGCCAUGCCAGGCAUGGUUAUACCUCCAUUCAUUAUGAAUCGACUCGACAAGGGAACGCUUCUCAAGCGCUACCCAUAUCUCAAUGCCCCUAUACAAGUAUCUUUGGUCGGCCUCAUGCUAUUGUUCGCAACACCACUAUGCUGUGCUCUGUUCCCACAGAAAAGCUCAUUGCCUGUGAAGAGUCUUGAAGAGGAUAUACAGGCAAACAUACAGAAGCGAGGUGGUGGUAUAGACAGGGUAUACUUCAACAAGGGACUCUAAGCACUGUAGGUAUUGCGAAUUUGCCAGUAUGCCGUGCUCAGGGGAAAGUCACCGAUCCAGUGCUGGUCUACAUUGGUUCUAUUUAUCACUGCUGGUGCUUGGGUUGAAGUAUAGGGAAAUAGGUUGGCCAUAGAUGUUACAAAAAUAAUAUUGUCAAAGUUUAUUUAUUUUUUAUUAAUCCAUUUAUAUAUUAUGCACUUAUUCCACCGAAGAAUGGACAAGCCCUAGAUAUGAUAAGUAGUAUGUAAUAAACAUCAUUAUAACAAUUCAGUAAAUUCAGCUUUCUUUAUUUCAUGGCUUACAUAUCAUCCUGACAUACAGGAAAGUCCAAAAUGUCUCCAUAUUUCACAGGCUAUACAUUGUAGCGCUGGAACUUGUUUAAGCAAGCAACUUUUGCCCUUAUGAUUUCUUUCAUUUAUCAUGAUAAGUUUUAAUGUAUUAUCAGUGGCAGUAAGUAAAAGCUUUCUUCCAGCAACCUUAUAAAUGAGGGUGUUCUGUAAGCACCUUGAGCUUUGCAAUAUAUGUAUUAAGGACCUAGGUGUAUACUUUCUAAAUGCUGCCUGCUUUGUCCAGUCAAAGCCAUUAAUUCAUAACAUGUAAUUAGCCCGAAUAAUUUGCAGCGGUGGUUUUGAAACCAUGUUUUAUGCAGGGAUUGUGUAUUACAUGUAUGUCGAUUUAAGCACAUCAUUGAGAAA